AUGGGUGAAGGAUCUAGUGGUAACCUUGUGCUUGCUAAGUUUAAUGCUUCAAAAAUAAGGACAGCACUUUCUAGGAUGAUCAUAGUGGAUGAGUUGACAUUUAGAUUUGUGGAAGGUGAAGGGUUUAAGGACUUUAUGAAAACAGUUGAACCUAGGUUUUCAAUUCCUUCCCGUUUUACUAUGAUGAGGGAUUGUUUUAAGUUCUUUAUGUCUGAGAAAGAAAAGUUGAGGGGAAUGUUCUUGACAUCUGGUGUUCGGGUUUGUCUUACCAUUGAUUGUGAGACCAUUGGGAGAAAGAUUGAGCCGUGUAUGCAUGAAUGGGGCAUUGGUAGCAUUUUCACUAUCACGUUUGAUAAUGCUUCUUCCAAUGAUCCUGCUUUGGAGUACUUGAGGAAGAGAAGUGCUCAUAAGCCUAGUGCCAUAUUAGAAAAUCGGUUUAUGCAUGUGAGGUGUUGUGCACACAUCUUAAAUCUUAUUGUGACUGAGGGGUUGAAAGAAGUUGAUGAAUCCAUUAUGAGGGUUAAUGUGUUGUUGUUUGUUUCUAUUGUUCUCGAUCCACGAACCAAGUUUGGAUCAUUGGAAUGUUGGUUCAAUGAUAUUCUUGGUGUUGAGGAAUGCAAUGAUAUGAUAUUAAAAUUGAAGAACUACCUUAAGAAAUUGUUUGAUCACUUCGACACUGGAGAAAACUCUCAAGGUGAACAUAGUGGUGCACUUCCUCAAGGUUCCUCCGGAGAAACUGGGAAACGUACCUAUACAUUGAUGAAUAGGUACAAAAACCUCAUGACUUCUAAUAGUGAUGUUCAAUAUAAAUCGGAGUUAGAUCGGUAUUUGAUGGAGGAGAUUGAAAAACCGAAUGAGAACUUUGAUAUUUUAAAUUGGUGGAAGGUGAAUUCAACCAAAUUCCCAGUACUAGCCCAAAUAGCACGUAUUGUGUUGGCCAUUCCCAUUACUACAGUUGCCUCAGAGUCGGCAUUUAGCACUGGACGGCGUGUGUUGGAUCCUUUUCGAAGUUCAUUGGCCCCAAUAACGGUUGAAGUUGCUUCAGAGUCGGCAUUUAGCACUGAAGGGCGUGUGUUGGAUCAUUUUCGAAGUUCAUUGGCCCCAAUAACAGUUGAAGCAUUGGUGUGUACACAAAACUGGUUAAGAUCAAAACCCAUCAAUAGUUAUGACACAGAGAUGGUUGAAGAUCCUGAAAGUUAUAAGCUCGAGUCAGAAAUCAAUUUGAAUAACAUCAAUCUUUUGCUUGAGGAGGAUUAG